AUGGCAUUGAAUUCGGCGCCACAUCCUGGAGGCUGGAGCACCAAACUAGUUUCCAAAAUCGGAAAUACCUUUCGAUCGGAAAAGGCAUACACGCAGGAAAGCAUAGACAAGAAGAAGAACAAAAAGUCCAAAUUGAAGAAGAAGAAGAAUCCCCAACAAUUUCAACCGCCAGCCCCAGAAGUCAACGAAUUGGGCGAGCAGGAAUAUGCCGUCUUUGCGGAAAAUCGAAGGCCCGCGCGACCCAAAGUGCAAGAUAAUGGAGAAAUGAUGCACAGUCUCGCGCGAAGCGGAUCCUUUGACUCUCUGGUGGAGGAGGAGAAACAGGAUCCUUUUUCCACAACCACAAACCGUAARAGAAGAGGCUACAUCGUCUCCUCCUCAGUCCACCAAGAGCGAAUCGCAAGCCUCCCUUCUUCCGUCUGGAAACGCAUCGCCCUCUUCCUCACGCCCCUUGAAGUCUGCAAUCUCGCCCUCGCAUCGAAAACUCUCCACGACAAACUCGGUCCCCGUCCCUUCGACAUCCUCAACCUAGCCCCGAACAAGCACCACAAAAUCGCCUUCCUCCACCAAUUCGACCCCCUCCUCCCCAACCACCUCCUCUGUUUCCCCUGCGCCCAAUACCACCUCCGCCUCUCCCCCGGAAACGAAGUGUUAAAAAAAGACUACGUCUCCAACCCCCUCUUCACCUGCCCCAAAGUCAAAACCUCCACUCUCCCUCGCACCCGCCUCACCCACGCCCGCGAACUCCCCUACGCCUUCAUCCAACUCACCCUCCGCGCCGCCUCCCUGGGACCCCAAUACGGCAUAACCCCGGAAACACUCGCGCGCAAAUGGAAAUGCAAAGAUUCCUCCUGGCAACACACAACCCGCUACCUCAUCCACGACUCCCGCCUGCUUCUCCGCGUGGUAUCCCAACGUUUCGCGCCCCCGGCAUCCUCCCUCUCCGUAACCUCCGAACGCCACAUCCUCUACGACCGCGAAGAAUACAUCCCCUUCUUCUCCGUCUGCGCACACUGGCGUGAUGGGGACCUCAUGAAAAUCUGUAAAUGUAUGCUAGGGCAUAUCCCUUCCCCGCCAGAUCCCUAUCACAAACAACUCCAGCGCGGUUUCCAUGUGAGUCGCGCGGCUGCGAAUCCCGAUUUCAUUGUUCGAGGUUGUGAUUCCUGCCGUCCUGCGCGCCGCUGCCCGGAAUGUCCGAGCGAGUAUUUAGUUGAAGUCCGAUUGGUGGAGGAUCCCGGGGAUAAAAUCACGAGGUUUAAACAUGCGAUUGUUGUGACUCGAUGGACGGAUUUAGGGGAUGGGAGAAAUCCAUAUACGAGUCCUGAAUGGGUGGCUAUUAAUGGUGGGAGUACUACUACCACCUCUGAAGGAGGAAGGGAGGGGGAAGGGUUUGACAGUUUUAGUCAAGUUGGACGGAGAGCUGUCGGGGGCAUUUUCGAAAGUCGCGUCAGUGGGAGUACGCCUGGACAGAGAUUAUUGUCGUUGAAUCCGGGGAAUAAGAAGAUGGGAGAGGAUGGGACGGGGUGGUAUUGA